AUGGCGCCAGCCUGGCUCGAGAAAUUCAUCGUACGCGGCGAACCACCAAUCCCAGACCCCCUGCGCACCUCAUCUCAACCAACUCUCUCACUCCACUAUACCGCGCUCGCAGAACACCGCCGCACCUUAACCGUCUCGGGAGAGUCGACACCUCAAUACGAAGUGAACCGAAAAGCAGUACUAGGAGCCUGGGGAAGCAAAUGUUCCGUCACGGUACCCGCUCACGGGGACCAAGAGAUCGCCCUCAUCGACUUUCACACCUUUUCAUUCGAGAUCAAGUUUUCGAUGCGCGACCACCGCAUCAACAUGAGCUCUAACCCGGCCCCGACGAAGCGAAAGUUUGACGCGAGCGGGGGGCUAGGGAUGCUGCAUUGGAAGGGGACGGGGAUGGAGGUGGCGGGCGCGGCGUCGUGGGAACUACGUGAUGAGACGAGUCUUGUAAUGGUGGUGGAGAUUGAUCGGACCCAGACGAAUGGUGUGGUUAGUGUUUGGAGGGAGGGGUUGGAUGCGCAAACGGCCGAAGAGCUCGUGGUGGUUGGAAUUGCGCAGAUUGAGGAGUAUAAACGGAUGCUUAGGAAUGCGAAGACGUCCGCGGUUGGUGUAAAGCUUAACUGA